AUGGUGAUACAGUGGAGUUGGAAUUGUGCUCGAUUAAUAGCACUCGUACUGAAUGCUUUAGUCGGUCUUGAGCAAUACUACAAUGCGCAUCACACAGAGCUGGAUGUGGACGGUGUGUUUGGUCUCCGAAUUAUUCAAGGUCACCUAACUGGCAUCGAGCAGCUCCUACACGAUGAGGAUGUUCAUUCGGAAAUUGUUAAUGAAAUACGCAAUAUAAGCAGAUCAGCGGUUGCACUGGCUAACAAGGCCUUAUCAUUUGUAGCUGUUCGUGAUAGUGAAUAUUUUACCCAGUUUCGUUAUCUUCUUCAACGACCGUUUGUGGUGAAUUUUUCACAUCGACGUACAGAUGAGCGACUUCGAUGGAAAGAGAAGCAGUUGAAAGCGAACAUUUUCGAUGAUACCAUGCCAGCUGCUCUUCUCACCGAGAACAGGUCACCAUCAUUUUUAUCACAUUUCGUGUACACCAUUUUUUUCAACUUUUUUACCUUACAGAAUAUUUGUUUUGCUGAACUGGUUUUGAUUGGUAAAGAAGGAAAUUUCUCAUGUAAAUUAAGUAAUGAAUGUAUGCAACGAAUGCUCAGUCGUCCUGGUUUUACAGGACAUCAUUUAAUUCAACAGAUUUUAUACGUUGCUGUAGCUCAGCAGACUCCGUGCAUCUCUAUUUUAACGCAUUUCCUAUUGGCAGAGCAUAAUCAGACAGUUGCAAAUUUUUUAUCCGAAUACUGUACGAAUCUCAUCGAUGAAUUGAAUGCCUUUAUGAGGAAUCCAAAAAUCGUUGCCAGGCUGAGCAGCAACGGACGAGAUUUGCUGAUGGAACAGAUUAUCGCAAGCUAG